AUGCUGCGCUUCUCGACCUUUGACGUGACCGGCCAAGUAUUUUACAGAAGCAGGCUGUCGUUCGGGCUCGUCAACAUCAGUCCGCUGACAAAGGGCCACGUUCUGCUCGUGCCCAAACGAUGCGUUCCGAGGCUCGCAGAUCUGACCAAUGACGAAGUGUACGAUCUCUUCUCGAGUGCUCAGACAGUCCUGAAGCGGCUCGAGUCCCAUCUGGGCGCAUUGGCUGUCAAUCUUGCAGUACAAGAUGGUAAGCAUGCAGGACAGUCAGUGCCGCACGUCCACGUGCAUCUCAUUCCGCGAAGGGCUCUCGACUUUGGCGGCGAGACAGACAGAGUGUACGACGAACUCGAGCAGGCAGAAGGGAGCUUGAAGGAUGAGCAUGAAGCACAGCUUCGCGUCGAAUCGCUCAAGAUUGACGACAGUGCCAGACGGCGAAGAUCGGCAGAGGAGAUGGCAGAGGAAGCGAACGAGUUUGCAGCUCUGUUCCCCGAUCAUCAGCAAUAG